AUGAUGGAGACCCCUUCGGUAGAUCACAGCUUGAUAGUGAGGAUCGCCGUCCCUGCCGUUGGCGCCGGAUCGACUCUGCAGUGUAAAGUACCCGAUGCGAAAAUGGCCGAGGUUUGUGACCUGAUUACCGCAACUAGCAAGAAACUGCAUGAGCAGCUAGAGGCCAUCGGGAGCACCUUCGAGGACGAGACACUGACUGACCUGAAAGAGGACAUCACUACCAAGACAGCUGCGUGGAAGGGCGAAGUUCAUUCGACUAAGACGGCUACGACGACUAGCAGUGUGGAGGACACAUCCACGGUGAAGGUCGAAAGUUAUUCGGAAUCUGAACUCCCUGAGAAUGCGGCACGCAUGGUGGAGUUGGCAAUACAACAGGCGUCCACAGAGUUCAAGUCGAAAUACGGCCAGGCUGUCGCAAAUCACUCGAGGCAAAUGUCAGAAGCCCAGAAGGAGCUGGAGCGAUGCCACCGUCGGUGCCGAUUCGUGAUGGCCAAGUUGAACAUCCAACAAAGUGAUGCCGAGAUCGAUGCCGCUAUUGAUAGUGGCUCCCAUUGGACCCGUGCUAAGGUCGCCAUCCUCAUGUUGCGGAAUUCAGCCAAGUUGUGGACCCAGUUGCGUGGUACACCGAAGAAAAUCCACGCGGAAACCCGCAUACCCCGUGAAGACUUGCAAGGAGGUCUACUCAGUCGUAGAGGUGUCUUUGGUUAUCGAAAGUUGACGAAAGGUGUCCAAGCUGGUAGAGAUUUCUCUGGUGUCUUCAAGAACAGCGGCAUGCGUCUUGAGCUGCCCCCUGGCAGUCCUCGGCCGCCUCCUGCGAUUCCACCGCCGAAAGAGCCGCUACCAACCAUCCCACUGUUGAAGAUCUCAGGCGAUCCCCCACAGAAACCUGAGCGCGAGAAGCGGGAAGCGAGCGAAGAACGAAAGGACGAGGGUAAGGCGAGCAAGCCCGCGUUUGAAAGAGCCAGCGAGAACACCUCCAGCAAAGCCGCUACUAUCAUCUAA